GAAAAUUUCGGUGAGAUUAGGUAUCGAUUCAGUUAAAACUCGUGGUGUCCUCGUACCACUGCUACUAGUUUGGUUCUACACAUUGCACUUUUCAUACCAUUUCCUUUCUCUUCGAAUUUUCUCAGCAAAAUUUUUCCACUUGGACGAAACUAAUGGCUAGGUCUGCAAAAGGGCAUCAAGAUGAAUUGGAAGACGAUGAAGAAGAAGAAUUCCUAACUGCAAACACCUCUGCCUCUCUCAACAAAGUAAAGGUGGACGAACCCAGCACGGGGAAGAGGGGGAAUACGCAUCGUUCGAAGCAUUCAGAGACUGAGCAACGUAGAAGGAGCAAGAUUAAUGAAAGGUUUCAAGUUCUGAGAGAUCUCAUACCUCAAAAUGAUCAAAAAAGAGACAAGGCAUCCUUCUUGUUGGAGGUUAUCGAGUAUAUUCAGUUCCUACAGGAAAAGUUACAAAUUUAUGAGCAGUCUUAUGAAGGAUGGAGUCAGGAGCCAACGAAGCUAAUUCCAUGGAGAAAUCAUCACGGGCAUGCUGAAAAUACUACAGAUCCUUCUCAAACUAUACAAAAUGGGUCUGUUGAUGAGAAAAAUAACAGUGCCUCUCCACUGUUUCCCGGAAAUGUACCGAACCCUAUGGAGUCUGACUUCUCAAUGAUGACUGUUCAGAAGGGCCACGUCCCUGGUUCAUCAACAGAAGCAGUUCCCCUGACCAUGCAAAUGCGAUUGGACAUGUUUGAUCCAGUUGUUAGCAGUGGUAUGGCAACCCAACAUCUUCAGGAAUCUGUUUCUAACGUUGACAUGCAUUCCCACACCCAGCCACAAUUGUGGCUUGAUAAAUCAAACAAGGGCAACUAUAUUCUUCCACAUGAUAGUACAAUGAAGGAACCGGAGGAGCUAGUGAUUGAAUCUGGAUCAGAUAGCAUUUCUAGUGCCUAUUCUCAAGGAAUUUUAGACACUCUCACGCAAGUGCUACAGUCUUCCGGGGUAGAUAUGUCCCAGACUAAUCUUUCGGUGCAAAUUGAUGUUGGUAGACGAGCAAAUGCUGGGUUGGUCCCCUCUCCAUAUAGUUCAAAGGUUCAUGAAAAUCAAUUUGUGAGCAAUCCAGCAAUAUCAGUUUCUGGAGUUGAUUACUGCAAUAUUGAAUCCGAACAAAGUUCAAAGAGGCUCAGACAAGAAGCAAGCUAGAGAUCCCUUCAUGCUUAUUUUGUCAUGAGUUUCAUUAUUUUUUUUGUCCUCGGAUGAGAGAACAAGAGGGAUUGGGUGGAUCAGUUCAUUUUUGCCAUGCUGGUUAGAGCCAGAUAAAAUGUAUAUUAUUUCAGGAUACUGGUUUUGGUACCAAGACAUUCAGAAAUAAAAUGUCACAUAGGUUUGUGCUUC